CAAGCAUCACGAGAGUCCGAGAGGCGAGAUGAUGAUAGGCCGCAGUGGCCGACGGUUGUGGAAGGUCACCUAAACUCCGCAGAACUUUUCACCGCCCAUCAUGGAGACGCUCGACUUCACUCUGAAGCCGGAAGCGGCUGCAAAAAUUCAUGAGAUUCUCAUGUGCCUUGCUAAGUUCAGCGAUACCGUUGCCAUUGAAGCUCGAAGGGAGAGGUUGUCUUUCACGGCCUUAAACUCGUCCAAGUCCGCGUAUGCGUCGUGUUCCCUGGAAGGGAAGACGUUUUUCUCAACUUACGAAUGUCGUCCCAAAGAUUCUGCACCAGAUGGGCGCUUCACAUGCAGCAUGUAUAGCAAGGCCCUGCUGUCUGUAUUCAAGCCGCGCCUAGAUGACGCUCGAGGAAAAGAUACUGCCAUCGAUCGUUGUGAAGUCAGCGUGCAAGAUCGGCCAGAUAAGACUGAGUGUCGCUUUGUGGUGAAGAUGGUGUGCAACCAAGGCGUCACCAAAACCUAUAAAUUGACAUACGAGUCCGUCGAAAUCUUGCACGCGCUUUUUGACAAAAACGCAGCCAAGAAUCACUGGAGCAUUUCGUCUGGCCUACUAAGAGAGUAUAUCGAGUACUUUGGUCGCAGGACGGAACAGCUCGACAUCUAUGCUGAAGAGGAUCGAGUGGUCUUUACGAGCUUUACCGAAAAAAUCGCCAAUGGGAAAGAGAUAUUGAAACAGCCUUUGCAGACUGCCGUAGCUGUCAAUGUCUCCGACUUUGAAAAUUUCACUGCACAGGAGAGAAUGCACACCAUUAUCAGCGUAAAGGACUUCCGAGCCAUCGUCCUUCACGCAGACACUCUCAAAACUAGCUUGAAUGCCCAUUACUCUCAUCCCACGCGACCUCUACAGUUCAACUAUACGUCGGAUGGCAUGUACUGCGAGUUCACACUCAUGACUGCUGGAGAUUAUGUGGAUACACCACCACCACCACCAUCUGCAGCUCCUGUGGGACCAUCAAGGACGACAUCGAGGGGCCCAUCAACUACCACAGAGCGAUCAGAGAGUCGGAGCUUCAGACAGGACAUGCCUCCACCACCUGCGCCCACAACACGCACAUCAGCCACAUCAGCACGCCGUCUUGGCAAUUCCAGAGCUGCUAGAAAGGCACCGUCACCAGUACCCAGUGAGGACUCCGAAAGCCUCUUUGUCGGAGUAGACGAGGAUACGCAAUGGGAUCCGGCAGACUCUAGGAAUGAUGAAGAAACCCUCGGAUGGGACGCCAGUGCUGAAAACGACGCAGGAAUGUACCCAACUUUCCGAGAUAGUGGAAGUUUGGCGCGCGUUCCGGCGGAAGAGAGUGCAGACGGAGUUGCGCCGACACAGAGGAUCUCACAGAUCAAGGGGCUGUGGUAAUGCAGUGCUUUAAGGAUGCUCGCCAGAGGCAAGAUAUCACCCACACAAGCAUUAGAGAGGCAUUGCUUUGAGCGACCCGAGAGCUGCAGUCAUGAACUGAUUCCCGACGAUACUACACCGAAACGACACGUCAAGGACGUUCACACGCAUAAAUCCUACGACGGGUAUGCUGUGGAGG